ACAUCACGUGACCAGAUAUCGAGUCAUAUGAGCCAGAAGCCGCAUGCCAACAGGGAGCUGUUUCACCGCAAAGCCUGUUAUGAUCUCUGUUAAAGGUUCAUUAUAACUUGUUUUGGAAGGCAAAAUGGUACCAAAUACGUUAGAACCUGUUGUUCCGUUUAAACUAACUGGGCUCAGUGCUUGUAGCAGUUGAGCUUUUAGCUUCGUGCUAAUAAUAAUGAUUCUGGUUAGUUAGAUAAACACAGCCAAGAAAUGACGAGCAAAAGUAAGAAGACUGAAGCUAAUUCAGCAGAGUUUACAUUAUGUGUGGAGCCUGACAGUGACAAGCAAGCUCAGGUAAGAGUUGUGUCCCAGUCUAAAUGGCAAAGCUGGAUAAGAAAAGUGACUCUGCUAGUACCGUACAUGUGGCCUCGGUCGAGCACCUCACUACAGGUUCUUGUCUUCCUGUGUGUCUGCCUCCUGAGCCUGGAGAGACUCAUCAAUGUGUUAGUGCCUGUCUACAGCAAAAACAUAGUAAAUCAGUUAUCAGAAAAGGAGAAUUGGAGAAGCCUAGCAACCACUGUGUGUAUCUAUGUCCUUCUGAAGUUCCUACAGGGUGGGGGAGCAGGGACAUCAGGCUUUGUCAGUAACAUGCGUUCCUUCCUGUGGACACGUGUUCAGCAGCACACCAGUCGCACUGUGCAGCUGGAGUUGUUUGCACACCUGCAUGCCCUGUCUCUGCGCUGGCACCUGGGCAGGAAAACAGGGGACGUUCUGCGCAGCAUCGACCGUGGCACAGCCUCCGUCAGCCACCUAUUAGACUACAUUGUGUUCACCAUGCUGCCAACUAUAGCUGACAUCGUCAUUGCCAUCGUUUACUUUGUGUCUUAUUUUAACGCCUGGUUCGGCCUCAUCGUCUUUAUCUGCAUGUUCCUUUACCUCGUACUGACUAUAAUCAUCACAGAGUGGAGAACCAAGUACAGGCGUGAAAUGAACACACAGGACAACAAUGCCAAGUCCAAGGCUGUAGAUUCACUACUCAACUUUGAAACUGUAAAGUACUAUAAUUCAGAGAGUUAUGAAGUCAGAUGCUUUGAGGAUGCUAUCAUAAAAUAUCAGACCUCAGAGUGGAAGACAAAUGCCUCUCUUGCCCUGCUAAACCAAACCCAAAACUUGAUCAUAGGCUCUGGUCUGCUUGCUGGAUCUCUGCUCUGUGCGUACUUUGUCACAGUGGACCAGUUCCAGGUUGGGGACUAUGUUCUGUUUGGGACCUAUAUUGUCCAGCUUUACAUGCCUCUCAACUGGUUUGGCACAUACUACAGGAUGAUCCAGAGUGCUUUUGUAGAUAUGGAGAACAUGUUCGAGCUCCUAACUGAGGAGAAAGAGGUGAAAGACGAUAUAAAUGCAGGAGAUCUGUUGUGUAUUGAAGGCAGAGUUGAUUUUCAAAAUGUAUGUUUCAGGUACACUGCAGGGAAAGAAAUUCUCAGAAAUGUCUCCUUCACAGUGAUGCCUGGUCAAACAGUAGCCCUGGUUGGACAAUCAGGGUCAGGCAAAAGCACCAUCAUCCGGCUUCUUUUUCGUUUUUAUGAUGUGCAAGAAGGCUGCAUCCUUGUUGAUGGUCAGGACAUCUCAAAGGUGAAACAGAGCUCUCUCCGUACUUACGUUGGAGUGGUCCCUCAGGAUACCGUUCUGUUCAAUGACAACAUCCGGGAGAACAUUCGUUACGGCCGGGUCACUGCCACUGACCAGGAAGUGGAAGAUGCCGCCUUGGCUGCUGACAUCCACCAUAAGAUUCUGUCCUUUCCAGAUGGCUAUGGCACUCAGGUGGGGGAGAGGGGCCUCAAGCUAAGUGGGGGUGAGAAGCAGAGAGUGGCCAUUGCUCGCACCAUCCUCAAAGCCCCCCGAAUCAUUUUACUAGACGAGGCCACCUCUGCUUUGGACACACAAACAGAACGCAACAUCCAGGCCUCGCUUACCAGAGUGUGUGCAAGUAGGACAACUAUUGUGGUGGCACACAGGUUAUCCACUAUAAUUGCAUCGGACCUGAUUCUGGUCCUGCACGAAGGCCAGAUUGUGGAGCGUGGAAGACAUGAGGAGCUGCUGGCCAUGCAUGGACUUUACUCAGCCAUGUGGCAAAAACAACAGCAGCAGCAGGAUCUAGAACCUGGUUUUUCCUCAGAUACAGAAACAAAAGAGCAGCAAGAUGGUAAAUGAUUGAGGUACAGGAAAAAAUGAAGGAUCCAAAGAUUGAAAUAUGUCAGGUGACUGGGCAGAAGAAAAUGUUCAAGGAACUUUAAGAGCUUUCACUGCUAGGAACAAUCUUUUUAUUUAAAUUUUUUUUAAAGGAUUAAAAGUUUAAAUCCUUCUAACAUGUAUAUUAAAUGUGUAAGACAUUUACAUUAAGCAAAAGCAAAGCUGUACUCUUGUGUGUUUAAUCACUGCCUUCUCAGGGACCAGUUUUCACCAAGCUCGUGUCAUCAACUGUGUAACUAUGAAUUGCCUGUAAAGUAGCGAUCCAACUACUAACAACCAUCAUGUCUGAGAUUUGCGGUUGAGAGAGGUAUUUGUUUGCCUUGUGUAAAGUAACUGAAGUAUUAAAGAAACUAGAUAAAGAUAACUUGUUGAAACAAAUGCAAUCAUUAUAGUUAUAGUUGAAAAUAAUUUAUUCAACAUGAACCUUUUCUUUCAGUAAAUGGUGUGACCCACAUGAGGAACACCUUCAAACAAACCUUUCUGGUAGCUGGUGAUCAAUACUGUACAAUGUGUUGUGGGAAUUUUGGCCUAUUCCUCCUUUAAAAACUGCUUUAAAUUUG